AUGGUUGAUAAUGGAAGUGAUGAGGAGACACAACAGGAGAUUCAGAUCAAAGUAAAGACUACGACGGAAAGUUAUGAAAUAAAGGUGCCUGAAAAAUCGAGGAUCGAAAAGGUUAAAGCUAUACUUUCUCAGAAGAUUAACCAACCAGUCGAAAAACUAUGCCUAAUAUUUUCUGGAAAGAUUCUCAAGGACCAUGAAACGAUCGAACAACAUUCUAUUAAAGAUGGUAUGGCGAUUCAUUUGGUAAUUCGCCAACACCAGAAGCCAGCUACAAGCGGAUUUUCGGGAUCUUCAAGCUCAGUUGGUUCCACCGGCACAGGAGGAAACAAUUCAACACAAAAUCCUUUUGCACCAAUGAUGGGAGGUGCUGGAAAUCCUAUGGGGAUUGCACAACAAAUGGUACAGAACCCGGAAAUGAUCCGUCAGUUUAUGAACAGCCCAAUAAUGCAGUCUCUAAUGAGUAAUCCAGAAAUAUUUCGGCAUUUUGUAGCUGAGAAUCCACAGAUGCAACAAAUUAUUGAGGCGAAUCCGGAAUUAGGUCAUAUGCUCAACGAUCCAGAUUUAAUACGACAAACAUUAGAGAUGGUUCGAAACCCUACCAUGUUUCAAGAAAUGAUGAGGAAUCAUGACCGUGCUGGUAUUCCUGGCGGCCAAGCCGCUCUUCAACGUUUGUAUCAGGAUAUUCAGGAACCGUUACUGAACAGUGCAACAAGUUCAUUAGCAGGGAAUCCGUUUGCCUCUCUUGUCGAUAAUUCUGGGAAUACAACAUCACGAAGCCAGCGUGCUGGUGUAGAAAAUGCUGAAGCAUUGCCAAACCCUUGGGGUCCUGCCAAUAGGAAUACGCAGACGAGUACUAAUGGAACAAGUAAUGGCACCGAGAACAGGACGUCGCAGGGCGAAGAAAGUGAGCUAUUUUUUUAA